AUGGAAAAUGGCAAUAACUCUAAAGUGUCAGAAUUUGUCCUUCUGGGCCUAUCAUCCUCUUGGGAGCUGCAAUUAUUUCUUUUCUUAAUAUUUUUUAUGAUUUAUCUGGCUAUUGUCCUGGGAAACCUCCUGAUACUGGUGACUGUGCGAGUGGAUGCCCACCUACUCCAGUCUCCCAUGUACUACUUUUUGGGCCAUCUCUCCUUCAUUGACUUAUGCCUGAGCUGUGUUACAGUGCCCAAGAUGUUAGCAGAUUUUCUAAGACAGGGGAAAAGUAUCUCUUUUUCCGGAUGCCUGGCUCAGAUCUACUUCCUUCAUUUUCUGGGAGCCAGUGAGAUGUUCCUGCUGACAGUCAUGGCCUAUGAUCGAUAUGUUGCCAUCUGUAAUCCUUUGCACUACCUGACUGUCAUGAACCGCCAGCUAUGCCUUCAGCUGGUUUGUGCCUGCUGGUGUGGUGGCUUCAUCCACUCCAUCACACAGGUCACACUGGUUAUCCAGUUGCCUUUCUGUGGCCCCAAUGAAUUGGAUAACUUCUACUGUGAUGUCCCACAGGUCAUCAAGCUGGCCUGUAUGAAUACCUAUGUGGUCGAGGUGUUGAUGGUCUCCAACAGCGGUUUACUAUCUCUCAUCUGCUUUUUGGUCUUGCUAUUCUCCUAUGCUGUCAUCCUGAUGACUCUGAAGACUCGAUUCCGACAGGGCCAGAUCAAGGCCCUCUCGACCUGUGCCUCCCACCUCGCAGUGGUCAGCCUGAUCUUUGUGCCAUGCGUAUUUAUCUACCUGAGACCUUUCUGCAGCUUCUCUGUGGAUAAGGUGUUCUCUGUAUUUUAUACAGUGAUCACUCCCAUGCUGAAUCCCCUUAUCUACACACUCAGAAAUACAGAUAUGAAGACAGCUAUGCAGAAGCUGAGGAGAAAACAUGUGGCCUUCUGCUACCAUAUGGAAGGAUGA